CAACGAAAUAAUCCUUGCAUUUAUUGUAUUGGCACUGAGGGUUGUUACGAAAAAGUUUUAUAGGUUAUAUGUAUUGUAAUGGUUUUUGAUUCGGCCUAAAUUCAAAAUUAUUAUUAAAUAAAAAAAUAUUGCUCAGUGAUAUUUCCUUAAAUCACAAUGUCAGUUGACGCAGAGACUGACAAUGAGCUGGAAGAGAACUACUACACGUUUUUAAAUCUUCCGCGAGACGCGACGGGUGAACAAAUAAAUGCCGCAUACAGGAAGUUGAGCCGAAUUUAUCAUCCCGAUAAACAUGUAGACGUUGAGAGUAAACAAAAAGCAGAGCAGUUGUUUAAUAGGACAAAACGAGCCUAUGAGGUAUUAUCGGAUCCUCAUAAACGAGCUAUAUAUGACUGUGUUGGCCAAAAAGGCUUACAAACGGUUGGAUGGGAAUUGGUACAUCGCACUAAAACUCCUGCGGAAAUACGGGAAGAGUACGAAAGAUUAGCACAAGCGGCUGAAGAACGAAAGCUACAACAACGCACUAAUCCUCGGGGUAAUAUUACCGUUAAUGUUAAUGCCACCGAGAUAUUUACUCCAUAUGAUGAGACGCAGCUUCCCCGUAUUGAAGUUUCUUCUAUGAGUAUUUCACAAUCGAUUGAAGCACCAAUAAACCGUAAAGACACACUAACACUUGGCGGUAACCUUUAUUCAUCCAAUGGUAAUGGAAACGGAAACUUCAUUCUCUGUGGUCGAAGAUUAGUUAAUAAAGGCUGGCUACAAAUAGAUGUUGGUGCUGGUAAUGGCCCUCUUUUAGGGUUUAAAGGUGGACGAACCCUCUCUUCGGUUGUAACUGUGAAUGGGGGUACAUCAAUGAAUUUUCGUGACGGUCGUGUCAUUCCUGCUGUAUUCUCAACUCUGGCAGUACAGUUAGACAAACAUACAAUGGGUUCCUUAACUCUUAACGUAAGCAAUCAGUCUUCAAUGACUACUCAAAUUGAUAGUAGCACUGAAAAACACGCUUGGACAACAUCAUUUGUCAUUGGUUUCCCUCAUAUAUACUUGAGUGCGGCAUAUACCCGAAAGAUGAUAGAAAACGAGCUUAAGCUUAAAUUAGCUGCAAAGUUGGGUACAUUUGGUUUUCUAGCAGAAUAUGGGGCUGAGAAAAAAAUAUCCAAAUAUAGUUCCGUGUUUGCAGCUGUGUCGCUGGGUAUUCCAUCAGGAGUAAUGCUUAAAUUCAAAAUAGUGCGCUCUAAUCAAUCAUAUAUAUUUCCAAUACACUUGAGCGAAGAGAUUGUUCCAGCCGCUGUAUUUUAUGCUACAGUUACGCCAGUAUUGAUGUGGUUCUUUAUAAAAAAGUCUAUACUGGAUCCAAUGCGCUUAGAUCAAAAAAAUGCAGACAUCGAGAAAGCGAAACGAAGUAACGAACAACGAUUGACUAGACAGCGACAAGAGGCACGUUCCGCUAUCGAGUUAAUGCAGCAUACCUAUGAGCGUAUAGUUUCGGAAGAAAGCAGUAGAGGUGGCCUAAUAAUAACAAGUGCUACUUAUGGACAACUGGAAGAGAGUAGUAGCAAUUUUCAGAACAAUGCUUCGGUAGAUGUAACCAUACCACUACAGUGCCUUGUAAAGGAUGGUACAUUAAUUCUAUAUCAGUCAUCGAAGAGUGAAUUGCCCGGAUUUUACGAUCCAUGUAUUGGUGAAGACAAAAUUUUAAAAAUCGAGUACAUGUUUAGAAAUCAAGACAACGUUGUUAUAUUUAAGGACAUGGAUUCAGUAAGACUUCCUCUAAGUAGCAAUAACUGAUACAAUUUUAUUAAAAAAUAUAUAAAUUGUUGUACUCCCUUGUAUAUUACGCACUAUUUGGAAAAUAUGUGAUUUUUAUAAACAAAAAACAUUAAAAAUAAUAUAAAAAAAAUUGUUUUUAUGUGAUGUACAACUUCAAAGAACUUACACUGUCUUCGGGAAGCAAAUAUAAAACAAAUUAAAAACAAGCAUUUACUUCGCUUGAAAAGCCCUUUUUAUGUGUA